UGAUAUUCAGCUAGUAUUCAUAUGACUAAUGGAAGAGCUGGUAAAUCUAGGUGACUAGCGACUAUUUGGAAUAUUAGUUUCUCUUGUUUGUCAUCAAAUUAGCAAGGUACGAGUCCAAGCUGUUUGCGUUAUUUCUCUCUGUAUGUCAGGUGCCAUGCCGACACGAUGAUGAUGAUGAUUGAUUUCGUUAAUUUAGUUGAGCAGCUGAGCUGCUCAUGGCGGGCCAUGAAAAAUGCAUGACACUCGCCGCUGGAAGGUGUUUGGUUGUGCAGUGGUGAGGUGGUGCGGUGGGUGGUCACUAACUGAGUUAAUCUGAUGGGGAAUCUGAAAGGGGAAGCAGCAGAUGUUCCUGGAGCUGCCCAUCUCCGCAUCGCUGUCCAUUGAAAGCCGCUGAAAGAGACCACUCGUUUUAGUAGUUUUCGGGGGUCAAAUGUUAGCGAGCCAUUCGCCAACUGAAGUAUAUCUGAUGCUGGUUAGGGUUAAGGGUUAAGGGUUAAAGCUUUGUUUGGUCUCCUAAUCGGUGAAUCCUAUUCACUUCCACUUCGCAUGCGAAUUUAAUUGGAUGGAAAUGUGCGCUGUAUGUUACGGUUCAGUUUAAAGUUUAAUACUGCUGCUUCUGGCUUUCCUACAAUCUUUCCAUCGAAGACUUUGAUGCGAAGUUCUAGCCAACUUAGCUGUAGCUUAACAGCAAUACUAAUGAUGAUGAGUGCCAUUAUCUAUUCCAUAUAUACAACUGAAAAUGACUUUCGGCCGGUAAAACCUAAUAGGAAAUUAACCCAUUAAGUCAUGCUAGCAUUGUGGAAUCUACUGCCACUGCUGCUAUGUGGCGUCCAAGGAAUACUGGGGCAGGAUGUGGCCAAGAACCAGAGUGAACUCCCAAUUGAGCCCCGAAUCGUGGGCGGAACCAAGGCGAAGGAGGGUCAAUUUCCCCACCAGAUUUCGCUGCGCCUCCGUGGAGAACACUACUGCGGUGGAGUCAUCAUCUCAGCCAGCCACGUCAUCACCGCUGGCCACUGUGUGAAGCACGGGGAUGUGGUAGUUUCGGCGGAUCUAUGGUCGAUUCAGGCGGGCAGUCUGCUCCUUUCGAGCGGCGGAGUACGGAUUCCGGUGGCCGAAGUCACCAUGCACCCGAACUAUGCCACAGGUGGCCACAACGACUUGGCCGUGCUGCGACUGCAGAGUCCGCUGACCUUUGACGCCAACAUAGCCGCCAUCCAGCUGGCGGGCGAGGAUCCGCCCAAUGGCGCAUCCGUGGACAUCUCCGGUUGGGGCCAGAUCGCCGAGAAGGGACCCCUCUCCGACAGCCUGCUGUACGUGCAGGUGACCAGUAUACCGAGGGGGGCCUGUCGCUGGCUGUUCUACUCUCGUUUGCCGGAAACCAUGAUUUGCCUGCUGCAUCCCAAGAACAGGGGUGCCUGCUUUGGCGACUCCGGCGGACCGGCCACAUACGGAGGCAAGGUGGUGGGCCUGGCCAGCUUGCUCCUCGGCGGUGGCUGCGGCAGAGCGGCUCCUGAUGGCUACCUGAGGAUCUCCAAGGUGAGGGCCUGGAUCGCGGAGAAGGCGGGUUUGUAGAGAUGUGCAGAGCGUUAUUUAACAUAUAUGAGCAUUUAAAAGAAAA